AUGAAUCUUUGGGAUCUAAAUGCAGCUCAUUUGUUGACUUUAUUGUUGCUUUCUCAACCGCCACCUCCUCCUCCCUCCUCAACCGCACCCUCUCCAACUCCUUCCCCUAACUCAAAUUCCAAAUCCAUCCCUUUGACGCCAUCAUCGCCGUCUCCGACCUCAUCUCCACCUCCAUCCGCUCCGCCCUGGACUGCGGUGCCCCCUCAACUACGUUCGCAACUACCUCACCAACCUCCUCCCCUCCCGCAUCCUCAAAAUCAUCUACCUAGACUCCGACCUCGUUCUCAUCGGCGACACCGCCAAACUUGCCACCACCCCCUGGAGACAACAACAAUACCAUCCUCGCUGCCCUCGAAUAUUGCAACACCAACUUCACCCCCUCCUUUUGUUGUGCGCGUGGAGGGAGAUGAUGGCGUUCCAAAUGAUGACAUUUCGAUGCGGCGGUGGGGUUUGGAGGAAGAGUUGGUGGGUGAAGGGGAUGGAGAGGCAGGUGCCGUAGAUGCGGAGGAAAGUGGAGGAGACAAAGGGGUUACGGAGGAUGGAGGACUUGGCGGUGUGGGUGUGGAGGAAGGUGGCAAGGAGGGGGAGGUUGAGGACGGUGCAAGACUUGAGGGUGAGGGAAAGGAGGUGGGGGUUGAGGGGGAGGAGGAGUCUAUGGAAGCUUCUACUGCAUGGAAGAGGUCGGAGUGCGCAAAGAAAUUAAAGGUGUACGAAAGAGAAUCCAAUUCUGAGCGUCAAAAUAAUUAA